AUCCGACUCAACCCCUCUGUGAUAAAGGCAGAGUCCCCUCCAACAACACAGCAGCAAUGGCCCCACCAAAAGCGAAUCUCGCAGCUGCCGUGCGUGCGGAAGCUCCGGCUGUCAACCUCGAAGGACUUGAUCCGGCGUUGCUCGAGUCGAAGCCGCUGUUCGAGGUCCAGCUCGACGCUCUUGUCGUCGUGAAGAUCCUUAAACACUGCCGUGAAUACGCUCCCUCCUCAACCGCCACCGGCCAACUCCUCGGAAUCGACAUAUCCGGACGUCUUGAGGUCACCAACUGCUUCCCCUUCACAUCAAAGUCCCAUGAUGAUGACGGUCAGGACGACAUGGACGGAGCGGAAUACCAGCUGCAGAUGCUUCGCUGCCUGAAGAAGUUGAACUACGACGCUAACACCGUUGGGUGGUACCAGUCCACGCAGCUGGGCUCGUUCUGGAACCAAUCCUUGAUCGAGACCCAGUACAACUAUCAGAAGACGAUGCCCCAGAGCGUCGUGAUUGUUUACGACUCUACCCGUACCACACAGGGUAACCUUUCUCUGCGUGCCCUUCGUCUGAGCAAUGGCUUCAUGGAUCUGUACCAGAACCGCAAAUUCACCAUGGAGUCUCUGCACAAACACAAGCUCACUCCUACGACAAUCUUCGAGACCCUCCCCAUUAAGAUUCACAACUCCCAUCUCCUCAACGCCCUCCUCCACGAAUUGGACGUCCAGGUCUCCUUCCCGUCUUCUCUCGAAUCCAGCCUCAGCCUUCCCUUGUCCACCCUCGCCGCACCUCCCUCAACGGCUGAUGUGUCCCCGUUCUGGCCAAACCUCGACAAACUAGACUUGAGUUCCGAAGCGUACCUGGAGAAGCACCUCGAAUACCUGAGCGAGGCCGUAGACGAACACGGUCAGGAGCAGUGGAGGUGGCAGGGAUGGCAGCGCAACCUGCAAAAAGAACAGCAGAAGGUGCAGCAGACCAUCGCGAAGCGGAGAAUGGAGAACCAGACACGUUCGGCGCAGGGUUUACCCGCUGUCUGGACCGACGACGACCUUUCCCUGAACAGCAGCCCGUCUUUAGUCAAGCUCAUGGCCAACGAGCCUUCCAAGCUCGAAUCCAUUAUUAUCACCAACCAAAUCGACACGUACUGCAAGCAGAUUACACAAUUUGCUGGCCCAGGGUUGACUAAGAUGUUCCUGACAAAGGGCGUUCGUGCCGAGUCCACUGCUACGAAUACUGCUGCCGCCAUCUAAAGAAGCAGCGUGCGACUCGUCGGCUCUCAUCCCCCGCUGCCGCUUCCGCUUCAGGCUAGAGCGUAAACGCAUCCCUUGAUUUCCUUUCCCCGCACUGGAAGUGUGCCCCCCUCUCCCAUAGCCGUAGUAGUCAUGCAUACCAAGUCCCCGCUAGAUUGCUGGCAGCGCGGGAAACUCCACCGCAUGCUGAUAUCAUUAUGCCCAUCUGUAUGUAUUUAGGUCGUAUGUUUCGGUCGUAGAGGACGAGUUCCGGCUGUAUUUCUACUCCAUAUACAUCAUGUCUUUCUACCAUUACCUGCGGUUGACAUCGUCGCGUAAACUGUGUGAACGGG